CUUGUCUGCACUGAUUUCCAUUUGUUGUAUUUCUUUUCGUCACAUAUUCUUCUAUUUGCUGCAUUUUUUCUUGACGACAACAAAAAGCCAGUUUGCUUGCUAGUUAUUGAGGAGGAUGGGUCCCUUAUCAAAUGGUGAUUUAUUUGAUGGGAGUUCUAACAAGAGGUCAUUGUACAAUGGUUAUUGCAUCUCUCCUAGUGUUUCGCUUAAGUACAAGAAGCGAAAGGUUUAUGCUGUUCACCAUUUUCCGCAUGGGUGUGGACAGAAUGCUUCAUUUAUUAAUCUGAUGCCCCAGGAUACUGAGGUAGUAGCAUCACUGGGUGAUAAAGAGAAUUUGGUGGCUGAUGAAAAGAUGGUGAAAGUUGUAGAGGGUGAUUGUGUCAAAGCUUCUGAAAUGGGGAACGAAUCAUCAUCUUGUCAAUUGGUGGAAGGUUCGGUGAAGUUGGAAUUGCCCGACAUAUUGAGUGAUUUGUUGGGGAAGGUAGUGGUUGCGGCUGGGAAGGUCAAUGGGGCUGAAUUGUCCCCUGUUGUUGUGCCUCUAGGAAGUGGCUUGCCAAAAGCUUUAGAAAAUAAUGCACUAGAAUUGUCAAAGGAGUUGCACGAAGUGAAAGUUUAGGCUGUGGUGAAGAGU